CAUGGGCCUGUACUACGAACGGAGUUCAACCUACUUAGAACUAACUCAGGGUUUCCGCGGUAACCCGGGGUUGACUAAACCUGGACAUCUUGAUUGGUCUUAAACGGUACUACGACGCUGAUUAUGAAGUUGAUCAGCUGAACCUGUGUUCACUCAACCAGAGUUACUGCGCGUUCACAUAAAAGGGGUGGUACCAGCGCAAAAAAACACUCUCGAUCAUGGCGCGCUCUCCCUAUUUCACAGAAGAGGAAUGCGAGAUCAUAAUGAGGAGUUAUGAAGAGUAUAAACCGACCCUGGCUGCUAAAUCCAACACCGCGGCAGCAAACAAGGCGCGACUGGGGUGUUGGCAGCAAAUUACAGACCGCGUAAAUUCAGGUACCAGCAGCGCCAAACGGACCUGGCAGCAGGUCCAGAUGAAGUACAAAAACAUCAUUCAGAAUGCCAACAAGAAGAAGGUAGAAAUAAGGCGCACAGGAGGAGGGAGGGCACCAGACUCCUUUACUCUUGCUGAAGAGUUGGCCCUAGCCAACAACAGUGGCAGGGUGAUGAUGGAUGGGGUGGCAGGGGUACAGUCUAACCCUGGGGCAGCUGAAAUGUCCACCCUCUAUGUGCAAGUCGAGGGUGGAAACAUCACAACCCUGCAGCCACCAGGAUGCAUUCAUCCUCUGACACAGGAUGAUGAUGAUGAUGAUGAUGAUGACGAGACCCUCACAGCCCCCUCCGACACACACAUGCAGGAGGACUUGGAGGAGCUUUCCCCUCCUGAAGCCUCCCUCCCAGGGACCUCACAGUCAGACAAAGUACAGUUUCUCCUUCCUUGUUUAAUUACUGAAUAUAAUGCAUACUAGGCUAAUGUGUACAACAUGGGGUGGGGGUUGUGUAGGCCACAGUGGACAAUGUCCGUAGUUUAUACAAGAAAGUGCUGGAGCUAGACCGCACAAAGAAGAGGCUGGAGAUCAGAAAGCUGGAAUUAGAAAUUGAAAAGCUGGAACAUGAGAAGAAGGUAUUGUCUUAUCACUCCAUUAAUAUAUAGGCUACCCACACCCUAUAUGUGUGUCAUUGAUCUGGCUUUUCGUCACCUUUUCUUCUUGCAGGAAAGAGAGUCAUCUAAUAAAUGAAUAAUAUCAGA